GUCUAAGGUUGAAUCAGGGGCAAAAUCCCGUGAACCUGAUGAUAUAAACUUGUAUUUCUCUCCUUAAAACCCGACCUCGACGUUUGCGUCGCUCAGUCUCAGUCUCAGUUUCAGUUUCGGAUCCCUUUCUUCUCUCACACCAAUUUCCAGGAUUUGAAACAUGGCAGAUUCAAAAUCAGGAUUGAGGAAACCAGUGUUCAUCAAGGUUGAUCAGCUUCGCCCGGGGACAAGUGGGCACACUUUAACUGUGAAGGUAGUCAAUGCUAAGAUGGUGAUGCAGAGAGGUCGUUCUGAUGGUCCUCAAUCCCGGCAAAUGCAAAUUGCUGAGUGCUUGGUUGGUGAUGAGACUGGAAUGAUCAUAUUCACUGCCAGAAAUGAUCAAGUGGAUACGAUGACAGAGGGUGCUACUGUGAUCCUGCGUAAUGCCAAAAUUGACAUGUUCAAAGGAUCAAUGAGGCUUGCUGUGGACAAGUGGGGCCGUGUAGAACUCACAGAACCUGCUAGUUUCACUGUGAAGGAAGAUAAUAACUUGUCUCUCAUUGAGUAUGAAUUGGUGAAUGUUGUUGUGGAAUGACUUAUUGGGAGUCCUGGAAUUUCUACUGAGAAUAAAACAAAUCCAGCGAAGAAAUCUUGUUUUUUUUGUCAGAGACAUAUUAUCAUGCCCAUCACAUUCACCUUAGUUUAGGAAUAGAGAUUUGAGAAGCCAGUAGGUACCAACAGUUGCUUCUGACUGUUGCAACUGACUCUGGAUCUUGUAGCUUCAACCCCAGAACAUAUGGUGGCUGUAAUUGCAACAAGAAAAUGGGAAUUGGCUUCCAGAUCAUGCUUUUUGUUUUGCUAUCUAUUGACAAUUUUAGAUUAUGUGUAUCCGAAUUUUAUAUAUGGCAGGUGAAUGUUUAUAUUUGAUGUAAUCCUUUGUUUAGUCUCAAUGUUUGUCGUGAUCUACUAGAUUCUCCUA